AUGAUUUUGCGGGCGGCUAGAAAGCAGCCCACUGAAGGGCCGUCACCAUCGCGUGGCUUAAAUAUCCUAGGUUCGUGCCUCCUGGAAACAAUCAUGCAACGCUCUAUAAGCAAUCCGAUAUCGCAUUUCAGAAAACCAAUCAAGAUUUAGUUGAUUACAUCACCUUCGAUUGUCUGAAAAGAUUUAUACUGUUAAUGACGUCGCCAUAGAUGACGGUGUUGUUGCUACUGCUGAUGAUGAGGACGACGACAGUGGUGGUGUUGAUGGCGUCGGCGGCGGUGAUGAUGGCGAUGAGGAGGAGAAAGAAGUGGAGAAUCAUACUGAUGAUAGUAUGAUGUAUUAG